AUGAAUUUAGAAAAUGUUUCACUAGGAGAUGGACAGCUAAAUGAAGCUAAAUCCACCCGCCCGAAAUCUUCCCUCCAAGUGGCCAAGAAAUUUCUUGGAGAGGAAGAGAAAGUUGUUGAGGACUCUGGAAGCCAUGCUGUCAGAGUCUCCGAUCUCUCCUUUUUGAAAGAUCACACUGAGCAAGUAGAUUUUAGUUGUUUGAAUCCUGAUAAGAAGUUCUCAAAACUGGUAAACUUACUUCCUUUAGCAGACGAGAUUGAUAAGUGAGGGUUUAAGAGCAUCAAGGAAUAUUUCAUUGACAUUAUUAACCUAAAAUUGGGACAUUACAACGAGGCUGUUAAGAAAGCUGGUGAAACUACUAACGAAAACCUCCUCGGCUAUAUCCACAAGCAUGUGCUCUCUGUCAUGGCUACCAAGCACAGUUAUGAGUAUUUAGAGAACAGUAUUAGAGAGAUGGAGUUGAAGCAGAAACAAUUCCAGACAGAUAUAAAAAGCAUGGAUAAUUUGAUUGCAAAGAAGGCUAACACUAUCACUUUGAACCUUCACAAGCAAAUUCUUGAUAAAAAUGUACAUAAAACAGACCGAAUUGACGCUGAUUUAGAGAAUUAUGCUCUGAAAUAACACCAUGCUUAGGCUAGAAGAUCGCUUGAAUGAAGUUUCCAUGAAGCUGAAUAAGCUACAAGCCAAGCUUGCUUCUGAUUACCACGACAAGGAUCACAUUGGCCUAAUCUUAACAAACCUAAAGGAAUACAACAUUGACACAUUUGUUGAGAUUCCAAAAUAUGAGAAGAGGUUUACAAGCGUUCAGGAAAAAUUUGAUGAAUUUAAAAGCAAUAUCAAAACUUUUGAUUCAAAGUUAGUAGGGUUUCUGACUGACUUCACGAAUUCAACAAAGCUACAAGCGAUUGAAAACAAGAAGCUAAGCAAAGGUUUGGACUUGAAAGUUGGUGAGGAAUACGUCACGAAGGUAUUGGAAAACAAAAUUUUCGGACCUAUUGAGAGAUUCAGAAAACAGGUAUCUGAGUUUUACCUAGAAAAUGCACAACAAAAGAAGAUCAUUCAGAGGUUUGAUGAGGUUAUUACUGAGAAAGCAUCAAAGCUAGUAGUUGAAGACUUGUUACUGAAAAGCAAGGAAUGAACCGAGUCUUUGAAACACGAUUCUACAAUUCUAGAUAGCCUCAGUUCCGCAGUUCAUGAGAUAAAUAACAAACUCUCGACACUGAGUUCAACAGUUGGUAAUCUUGAAGGUAAUAUUCGAAAUGAGACUGAGUCUUCACUUAUUAAAAACUUCUCAAAUUUGAAGCAUGAGCUUAUGUCAUCUGGGGGGACAAACACUAGAGCUUUCCAUGAGCUAAGGGAUGAGUUAAAUAAUAAGGCAUCUAUGAGUGAAGUCAUGGCAAUGAUGUCUUUCAAAUGCAACGUUAAAGAUGUUGAGAUCAAUAUGAAAAUUACUGAUGUCAUUCACAAACAAGUGCAGCACCUGGGUGUAAUGAUAGUUGAAAUAUUAAGGAACGAGGUUAGCAAAUAUUCUCAUGUAAAAGAGUCAGAAAAGACAUUGCAAAACAAGUAUAACUCCUUAUUGAGCCAGAGCAAGAACAUUUUCCAGUGGAUUCAGAAGUUCAACCCUGAAGACAUUAAUACCCUAGACUUGGAAUGACCAGAGGAUCUUAAGAAGUUUAGUGCGCUAAUUUCGAGAUCUUUUCCUGAGAUUAACCCAAAUUUACAUGGGAUUAACAAAGUGUCUAUAAAUUCAAUGCUUCCCAGAAAUUUUGAUGAGAAUAUUCCGGGUCUAAACUCUCCAAUGAUGCAAGAUGAGAGAAAUUUUUAUCAGAAACAAAAGAUUAAGAUGGCAAUUAACGAAUUUGGAGCAAAGAAUGAUAAAAUUCGUAAGAUCAAGCUUAAGAAAGACACUAUGAUCAGAGCGAUUCGAGAAAAGGCAAAAUCUCGUGUUCAUUCGCAUGAAAACUCAGAUUCUCUCAGGAAUGUCUCGAAAAACAGCCAUCAUGAGAGGGACCAUAAUUUCAAGUCUCCUCGUUAUGGUUUAUCGCUUAAGAACACUAUUGAGAUGCAUUCGAGGAAUAGGUCAGGGAUGGCCUCGCCUAUAAAGACUAGUAAAAAUAUGAAAGGCAUUUGUAACAAUAUGACACUCCCUAAUAUAUAACUC